CAUACUGUAUAUAUAUCCUGUCUCUAUACUCUACGUGACUAUACAAUAAAACUCAUUAUAAUCUAUGACUCACUACAUAUCUAUUACUGCAUGUAUAUAGAAGAGGUCAACUGUACAAAUGUCUAUAAGAAGUAAUAUACUUUUUGGCAGUAAUGUCUAUAAGGAGUAAUGUCUAAGAAGUAAUGUCUCUCUCAAAUGUCUAUUAUGUUUUGUCUCUUCUCAUUGAUUUUGUGCGUACACAUUUAUUCACCAGUGGCAACAUCCUUCUAUACUAUGGUAGACAAAGUAUAAUGGCAGUACCCAGAAGAUCCGUUAAACCGGAAGACAGAAUAUCCAAGAGUCGAUUUGCUAACUCGUUAAUCCUCACCAUCUUAACUUUGUUAGCAUUAGUGGCAUGGAUUUAUCAUGGCAUAUGGGCAUUGAAAGUAAUGAUCUAUAAACCCUAUGGAAAUAUUUUAAACAAUUUAAUUUAUGGCCCAGGAACUUUGGUAGCUAAUGUGGGAUUGAGUCUUAAAUUAAUUGGUGCCAUCAACACGAAGUUGUUAACUGAUAAAAUCGAAGCGGAUUAUAAAAAGUAUAUAUGAUUAGUCGUUAAGUCAUAGAGAUUGUAAAUAUACAU